UGCAACUCAUCUCUCCCUCCAUAAGGUGUCUCCCGGACACACCUUCCCGAGGUAUAAAACCGUGGCAAGGCGACAACCGAAAGCAGCACCUCCAAACCCUAUCGAGCAGGAAACCCCACUUGACUUCUUCUCAAGCUCCAGAAACCCACCUCUGCUAUCUAGAGGGAAUUUUUUUGACGGUGACACCGAGAGUCCAAUCUGUCGGGGAAGAACGAUGGGUUGUCGAUGUGGCAAGAAACGAAAGGAUUGCCAAGAACUCACCGAUGUGGAACGGGCCAUCGAAAUUGUCAUCAACAACUUCCACUGUUACGCCGUCAAGGGACACAAAGAAUGUUUGACGCCCAACGAGUUGAAAGACCUGGUUGGACAGAGGCUACCACACUUAGCCAAGGGAGUUGAGCCUCUGGAUGAGAAGAUCGAAUGCCUGGGAGAUAACGAAGAAGCCAAACUCCAGUUUGGAGAAUACUGGGACAUAAUGGGAGACGCUGCCAAGGGAUGCCGCAUGCCGAAAGGGAAGAAGUGAAGAGGCUGAGCCGAGUUCAAAAGACGACCGUGGACCCACUGCCCAGAAGGAAGCGCUGGGCGAUCUCAAAUGUAUUAUUCCAUGCAGUGUUAAUUAUUUGGGGUGGGGUGGGGGACCUCAUUUGAUCCACUCGAUUUGCCUAACCUAGGUUCUUCUUGUCUUGAUACCAAGAAAUAUUUCAACCCUGGAGCCAGAAGACAGAAAUUUCAGGGUUU